AUGUCAACAGACGCAAGCCAUCCUUGGUCGCGAUAUCCACCGGAAAUCAAGCUUCAGAUCACCCUUCACAAUCGGGGCGACAUCCAUACGUUAUGCGCAAUGUGUCUUGUGUCCAAAGAGAUGCGGGCAAUCGCAAUCGAGCAAGUUUUCCGAGUCGUCAGCUUUACGUAUGCCAAAGAUCUCGAGUUCUGGGUGGACAUUCUUCGCCACACACCGACCCUCUCCGCUGUUGUCCGUCGUGUCCGUUUCCUUCCUCACGAGAUUGCGUGGUUUGGUGUCCCUCCCCAGGCCCCAGAACGUGACACUGACGAGACUAUCGUGGAAGCCAUACCGAUGAUCCCUCCCAUGCCGAAUGUCGUCGCAAUUGAUUGGGCACUCUCUGACAUCCGCAUCCAAAACGCUCGAGCACUCCUGCAGCUCUGUCCUAAUGCUACCGAAUUGAAUUUCUUGACGACGGCAAUAGACGGUCUCCCUCUCUUCACGCAUUUACUUGCGGAGUUUGGCUCAAGGCUGCUGAGCUUAUCGUUAGACAAGGUAAUGAUGCUGGAUAUGGAUAUGAACGAUCAGUGGGAAGAGCCGGGAUUGGAUGACCUACCAAGGGAAACCGUCAACUUCGAUCUUUCGGGAGUCCAACGGCUGUCCUUGGUUUCUGCCGAAUUAGAUGGGACUACGGCGAUCGAGUAUAUCGAACACUUGUUCGAGAUGUCUUCUCCCAGAACGCUGAAAGAGUUGCAUCUACGGAGCGACCCCGACGCAACUGCGAUUCCAUGUUCCCUGAAUGUUGUCGCAUCGCUUUUGACUCAACAUGCGCCGUCACUGGUCAACUUGACUAUCGAUCCUAGCUUCGCAGAUACACUUACCGAAUUAAAGAACGAACUCCCACUCUUUCCUCUGCUCAAAACACUUACAGUUUGGCUCGAGACGGGUCUCUCCGCAGAGCUUUUCAUUAAUCGGCUGAAUGCGCCGAACUUGUCAUGGCUCUUCAUACGACUUGACCUAUGGCGGGGAGACUGGGAAUCAGGCAACGAGACCAACUUGGCUGGCUCGAUAGACGCCAGUCUCCCUUGGGGUCGAUUGUUCCCAAGCAUUCCGUUCACUAGAACCGCUUUACGCGCACGAUUUCCUACGCUGGGAGAGCAGAGUAUUGUCUUUCAAAUCUGCGCUGGCCGUGACGCAGACUUGCACUAUUCCUUCCUGGCGAGGGACGACGCGAGGCUCCAGUUCGUCACUGGUUUGAUGGCUGCUGGUAGUGGCGAUCUAGCGGGUAUGCGGGUCGAGUGGUUGGAUCCUGAGACUGGUUAUGGCGUCAUCGAGUACGACCCGAUUACUGGUCGGGCUCCUUGGCCAAGGCCACCGGAGCGUAGCGACAGGGGGUCGUUGAGUGGAGAGGAGAGUGGUUGA